ACGUGAAGAUCAGAAAAGUACAUCAUUACAUACCAUAGAACGAACUCGUACAUAUGGAUUAUGAUAGGAUUAGGAUUGAUUUUUGAGCUUUCCAAACCACGAAGGGCCAACGCACUGAUAUCCUUGACAGAACUCUUAACAGAUUGUUGUUCAUAUGGAUGUGAUGAGAUGGAGACUGGAAUUGUCACGGACUUUGCCAAGGCCGUUGUCAAACUUCAUCGACAAGAAAAUAAUAGUCUGUAACACGAGUAUAGAAUGUCUAAUUGAUCUGAUCCAGAGCUUGUAGAAAGAGAGCUCACAGGUGUCAGAGUUGUUUGUUACGCAUUUUUUUUACUCUUACGUACCCCAUAAAAUUGCAUGCUCUCAAGGGAGGUCGACGUCGAGUUCUGCUCAGGCAUGCUCAUGGCCGCCCUCGUUUAUGUCUUCAUUCAACACAUGCUUGCUUUUUCUCGAAAUAACCGCAAAGCUCUGUCUGGCAGCUAAACCGCGUACUUUUCUAGCAGGGAUGGACUUGUUCGUCCGAAGGUCCUCUCCCUAUAUAAACGCACUCAUGCAUCACUACCAAUAUCAGCAAGAAAAUCCAAGAAACUGGGGAGGAGUUUCGAGGUUCAAGAGAUCCUACGUGCGACGUGCUCGCAGAUAAUCUGGUUCAAGGUCAGCGCUCUACAGUCAUGGAUACCAUGAAGUUGAUCUUCCUUCCGUUGCUGUUGCUUCUGAGUAUUUCAAAAGUGAAUGCAUCGUACUGCAAGUAUGUCAUAAGCUACUAUGAGUUCAUACCAGCCGGCGACACAGAAGUGUUCAAGCCCAUGACAACUGAUGCGAUUCCGAACAAAGGAAUUGCCUACGUCAAGAACAAUCUCUUAUACUCUUCAAGGAACAAAAAUCAAGUUUACGGGCACAUUGGUGGGUUGUACUUCUACCAUACAGAGGACGUGAUCGAGGAUGUGGUGACAAUCAACUUCUCUGAUGACUUGAUCCGACCGUGGGGAGGCAGCUCGAUCAGCCUGCGAGGCGCGUGGUUCAUGACUCCAGACGGUCAAGCUGAUCUUGAUGAUGAGGAGCUGGCCAUCGUGGGUGGACAGGGCCAAUUCAGAGGUGCCACGGGUUUUGUCAAGUACGAGAAAGUGCAGAAGACUCCGCAAACCGUGUUCUUUGUCACUUGCCACAUCUUUGUUCCUGACUUCAUCUACGGCAACCACGCAGUUGAGAUCAACAUCAACGAUCUGCUCGAAGCUGAUGCCAAAUCAGAAGACUCUCACGGUCAUGCUGAGCUGAUCGAAGAGAGCAGGGCGACCGCCUGAAGGUCUCAUGGCUGCUGGAAGUGAAUCGGACUUGUUUGCAGUUUCGCAACGAUCCUCUCGCGGUGGUGUGAUGCUGAUACGACAAGCAUGGUCUUUUUUUCCCAGACGAAGUUUGUGAGCUUCAUCAGUCGGUACCUUUUCAGUAGUAUUAUAUUCUGUGUAGUCGAACAAGCAUGUGUAAUUUCGGAAGUUUGUAUAGAUAUCAUUUUAGGAUUGCAUUUCCUGUUAGGCUCAUAUGAAGUCAUCUUCGAAGUUUGUAUAGAUAUCAUUUUAGGAUUGCAUUUCCUGUUAGACUCAUAUGAAGUCAUCUUCUUCUCCAUAUUUUCGGCUCGAUGCCUCAACGCGAGGAACAGAGGUACACGAUUUACAUGUACUUUCGAGUCCAGAGCCACCGAUUUGUGGCUCAUUGUGUACUUAUGUCCCACCUUCUACUACAACGAGAUGAAUCUAGCAUAUGAGAGAAUAAAGCUUCUUUCAAAUCUCUGCAUACUCUGACCGUCUGUUCUUAGAAGAAGAUACAUGAAAAAUAUCUUGAAAAGAAUAUAUUCUGAUUGAAUCAAUUCUCUACAGACAAGAAACCAAACACUUUGUACCGAGAUUCUCAGAGAUGGACUGAAGGCUGCGU